AUGAAUGAUGCUAAUGUUAACGCCAUUGGACGUUUAACUAUAUUGCUAUCGUCCUAUAUUGGUAGCCCACGGCAUAUGAACGAAUAUGCACAAGACGCAAUGUCUUAUGUACGAAAAUACGGUCGACCGGAUCUGUUCAUUACAUUUACAUGUAAUCCAAAGUGGGAUGAUAUGAAAAACAAUUUAUUUGAAGGACAGUCUACAACUGAUCGUCAUGACAUCACAGCACGUGCUUUUCGGCAAAAAUUGAAAGCACUUAUGGAUUUAAUUGUAAAAUUAUGUGUAUUUGGAGAGGUUCGUUGCCAUAUGUACUCCAUCGAAUGGCAAAAAAGAGGAUUGCCACACGCACAUAUAUUAAAUUGGCUGGUACAUAAAAUAACUCCGGAUCAAAUCGAUAACGUUAUAUCAGCUGAAAUUCCUGAUCAAACUGUCGAUCCUGAGUUAUUUCACGUUGUCGUUAAAAGCAUGAUACAUGGUCCGUGCGGUGAACUAAAUAUGAAUUCGCCAUGUAUGAUUGAUGGAAAGUGUUCGAAACGAUACCCAAGGCAAUUGACUUCAAACACAAUAACUGGCAAUGACGGAUAUCCUUUGUAUCGACGUAGAUCACCUAAUGAUAAUGGCAAAACGACAACCAUUAGAAUGCGUAAUCAGGACGUUGAAGUUGAUAAUCGUUGGGUGGUUCCGUAUUGUCCAUUAUUAUCGAAAAUAUUCAAUGCUCAUAUAAAUGUGGAAUAUUGUAAUUCAGUCAAAUCCAUUAAAUACAUAUAUUUGCAAGUAUUUAAAUAA